CAGCUGGUUAAUUACCCCCGUUAACGAUUAAUGAGCCGCGCAGCCGCCCUGAUGGGAGGAAGCCGGGAGGGUGAGGCGGGAGCGGCCCGUUCCCGGGGCCGGGACCGACGCGGGGGGAUAGUCCCCGCCGGCUGAACGCGGUCGGAUCCGUCGGAGCGGCGCGGAAAUGGGUUAAAACCGGCGUUUUUCGGGGCGAAGGGUUCCCGCGCGGGGCCCGCCGGGAGUAUGCAAAUGAAGCGCCGCCACCGCCAAUGGGAGCCGGGCGCGGGGGCGGAGACGGGAGUAGGUCCCGCCCCCUCCCACACGCGCUGCUUGUCGGGCGGAAGUGGAAAAAAAGAAAAAAAAAAAAAAGGGGAAAAAGGGAAGAGGAAGAAAGAAAAAAAAAAAAAAAAAAAAGCGAAGCGGCAGAAAAUGGCGGAAAAUUUAAAAGGCUGCUCCGUCUGCUGCAAGUCAUCGUGGGGGGGCCUGCGGGAGCUGUGCCGGCUGCGGGGGCUGCGGUGCCGGGCGCUGGGGGUCACCCGCCGCAACCUGGGGGAGUUCGAGGUGGAAUAUCUCUGCGACUACAAGCGCGUGAGGGACGAGGAGUUUUACCUGGUGAAGUGGCGGGGGUACCCCGAGGCCGCCAACACCUGGGAGCCCCGCAAGAACCUGCGGUGCCGGGGGCUGCUGAAGCAGCUGCACCAGGACCUGGCCCAUGCCCCGGGGGGGCCGGUACGUCCCGGCCCCCGGGGACUGCCCGCCCGCGCCGCCUCCUACCUGGUGCAGAAAGCAGAGCAGCGCCGGGCCCUGCGGUGCUGGGAGCGGCUCCUCAACAGCACCCGCAGCCACCGGGGCCGCAUCGUGGUGGAAAACGAGGUGGAUUUGCACGGGCCCCCCCGGGACUUCGUUUACAUCAACGAGUACAAAGUGGGGGCCGGCAUCACCCUGACGCCGGUGGCGGUGGGCUGCGAGUGCCGCGACUGCUUGGCGGAGGCGGCGGGGGGCUGCUGCCCGGGCGCUUCCCACAACAAAUUCGCCUACAACGAGUCGGGGCAGGUGCGGAUCCGGGCUGGGCUGCCCAUCUACGAGUGCAACUCCCGCUGCCGCUGCGGCGCCGACUGCCCCAACCGCGUGGUGCAGAAGGGGAUCCGCUACGACCUCUGCAUCUUCCGCACGGGCAACGGCCGCGGAUGGGGCGUCCGCACCCUCCAGCGCAUUCGCAAGAACAGCUUCGUCAUGGAGUACGUGGGAGAGGUGAGAGGGCGUGGUUUGGGUGCGGUGGGGGUGUGGCGGGGCUCGGCUCCGCCUCCCUUUACACCCUCCCCCCGCCCCAGAUCAUCACCUCCGAGGAGGCGGAGCGGCGGGGGCAGGUGUACGACCGGCAGGGAGCCACCUACCUCUUCGACCUGGACUACGUGGAGGACGUUUACACCGUGGACGCCGCCCACUACGGCAACAUCUCCCACUUCGUCAACCACAGCUGCGACCCCAACCUGCAGGUCUACAACGUCUUCAUCGAGAACCUGGACGAGCGGCUGCCGCGCAUCGCCCUCUUCGCCACCCGCCCCAUCCGUGCCGGCGAGGAGCUCACCUUCGACUACAACAUGCACGUGGACCCAGUGGAUGCCGAGAGCACCCGCAUGGACUCCAACUUCGGGCUGGCGGCGGGGGGCCUGGGGGGCUCCCCCCGGGCCCGGGGCCGCAUCGAGUGCAAGUGUGGGGCCGCCGCCUGCCGCAAGUACCUCUUCUGA